AUGCCUACGAGCCCUUCCGGGCGCUUCACCCCGCCGACGAACUCGAUGUUCGACGUGUCCAUGGACUAUUCAACAAACCCAUAUGCUCCGGAGAUUUCUUCUCCCUCGCAUUCCGAUAGCAGCUCUUCGCACGGCAACACCAAUGACCACGACGAGGGCUUCAGGUCGGCUAGGCCAUCCAACCCAUCAUCCCUCAGUACGCCGCCGCCCACGGGAUACGCAACGUCAGGGCCCGGUCCAAGACAUUGCUUCGCAAAGGGUCAUCGCCGCCAGCGAGGCUCGCAGGAAGAACCCUCCCCAGUGGAGCUGCCCUAUCUGUCAACAGACGUUCACGACGCGGACGAAUUGCGAAGAUCACAUGCGUGCUCAUAGCAACCAACGACCGUUCAAGUGCGACGAUUGUGAGAAGGCGUUCGCGCGCAAGCAUGAACUGAAAAGGCAUCAACGCACAAUCCAUUCCACCGAGCGCCCAUACCAAUGUGAUAUCUGUGGUGCAGGAUACGCCAGGAGCGAUCAGCGGACCAGACACAUGGCCAAUUGCAAUGGCAAUCCCAGCACCGAAUAAACUGAACAUACCAGAUUUUCGGAGUCGGCGCUACGUAGUAUCUUGCUGGCUUGGCACGUCGCGACGGGUCUAUGUUGAUAUCUAGAUUUCGGGAUCUUUCUCUAAAUCGGUCAUCUUCCUGGUUCAAUUCCGUCGUCUAAAAUGACCUAGUGAUUCUACAC